UUACAAGAAAGGACUUGGGGGCACUCGGCGGUGACUCUCGUCCGCGUCCCUCUCGCUCGGCUUCCGGUCCGCAGCCGUCAUGGCCGACAAGCCCGACAUGGCGGAGAUCGAGAAGUUCGACAAGUCGAAGCUGAAGAAGACGGAGACGCAAGAGAAGAACCCGCUGCCCUCGAAAGAGACCAUCGAGCAGGAGAAACAAGCCGGCGAGUCCUAACGGAGGGCGAAGCUCCGCCCACACACACACACGCACACAUUCCACACACGCGUUUGCCUUCUUCUUUUUUACGUCUUUUUCGCUGUUUGUUU